AGCCUGAGAAAUAAUCAAAGUGUGGUGUGUGUUUGUGUGGUUGUGUGUCGCUUCCAAGAGACGCAACCAUGCUCGUGUACAGGUUACUGUGCAUCGUAGGACUGUGCUUGGUGCGAGUGGACCGAGCCGCUGCAAGCGACGAUUGCAAAACUGCAACUGCACAAACCACCAGCACCCGUCCAUCAUCAGUCACGAACGAAUCAAUAACGACCGUUGACAAACUGCACUACCAGCUCAACGCUUCUGGCGAGAUCUUGAACGAUCCCUCGAAACCGCUACCGACCCUUGCCAACGGUCAUCUAGGAUUCACCGUGCUGAAGGAUGCGGUGUACAUGGCAGGACUGUACAAUGGUGCCGGUGGAUUAAGCCAUCGUGCCCGUAUCCCAAACAUCGCCAACAUACAGCUGGACAACGAUUGCUACCGAGGUGCCGAUCACACUUGCACCGUAACGCUCGAUCUUCGGGGUGGAUUUUUUCGCGUAAACUACGUGGACACUGAGCGAGCCUUCCGGAUGACGCACUUGCUCUAUCCGCACGCACUGUACCGGCGCUUGAUCGUUAAUCAGUUUACGUUUGAGCGACUCACACCGAACGCUGGCGACAUCAGUUUACCGCUUCGGCCGGGCACAGCUUUCACCAGCGAGGACAUUCAUUUUCAACCCAUUACCACACUUGCCUCGAGCCGUGUGCGCUCGAGCAACCGAUCUUCUGGUGCUGAAGGCAUGAAUCACAUUUAUCGUAGCUGUGGCACAACGCUGGAGGUAGAAAACUCUACCUAUCAAAGCCAGGGAAGACCAGUGUGUGUGCUAUGGAAUCACGUCCCAGAACGGUUGGUGCUGAGGGAGAAUGAGCAGACAAUCAGAUUUCGUUUCUUAAUGGCCGUUGGUGAAAAUGUGGGCAUUGCGGAAACGGAGCUAUCCACAGCGCUGGCCGAGACGGACGAAGAGUUACUGCUGGCGCAUACAUCACUGUGGGAUUCCUUCUGGGACCGUUUCGACAUCCUAAUGGCCGGAAACGAACCGUUACAGACUACCGUACGGUCCAGCGUUUUCUACCUGGUCAGCAGUCUACCGUUCGAGGCAAGCUUCACCAGAUCGCCCGGUCCGUUUUGGGGCCUCAGCCCGACCGGGCUCGGGCGCGGUGGAACGAACCUGGACGACUACGAAGGGCACUCGUUUUGGGAUACGGAAAUUUGGAUGUUUCCCGUGUUGAAUCUCAUCGAUCCGUGGUACGCGCGGUUGCUGAUAUCGUACCGUACGAAGAUGCUGCCCACCGCGAUACGGCUCGCUGCCGAGUCUGGUUACAAAGGUGCUCGAUUUCCCUGGGAGAGUGCAUUUACCGGUGUGGAGGUUAUACAGCCCUGCUGUCCAGGGGUGGCAAAGUACGAACAUCAUAUAACCGGCGAUGUAAGCUUUGCCCUCAGACAGUAUCUCGCCACCACGCAUGAUCUCGACUGGCUACGAACAAGGGGCGGAUGCGAAAUGAUACAGUUAAUAGCAGAAUUCUGGAGCAGUCGCGUUCAGUUUAACUAUACUGGGACGGAAAAUUACGACAUACCGGCGGUAAUGGGACCGGAUGAGGAUCAUGAAAAUGUAACCAACAACGCGUACACAAACGUGAUCGCCGGCUAUGCGUUGUAUUUUGGCGAGUUCGCCAGCUGUAUCUGUGGAGCGGACGUCACGGAAAAGAAUUGGAGCAGUAUUGCCAAACAGAUCAAACUUCUGUAUGACGAAAUAGCUGAUUUUCACAUCCAGUACGAAGGCUACCAAGCCUCCACGAAAAUUAAGCAGGCAGAUACAGUUCUGCUUGGCUAUCCGCUGCUGUACCCCGAAAUGCGACUGUACACAUUAUGGAACGAUCUACUCAUAUACGAACCGCUAACACGAUCAACCGGACCAGCAAUGUCCUGGUCAAUGUAUGCCAUCAAUCAUCUCGACAUAGUAAACUACCGAGAGGCGGCAACCAAUUUCAAUCGAAGCUAUCUACCGUACAUCCGCGGACCGUUCCACGUGUGGCACGAACUGCAACAACCGGGCCCUGGUGGUGCCCAAAACUUUAUCACCGGUGCGGGUGGAUUUUUACAGGCCGUUCUGUUCGGAUACGCCGGGUUUCGUGUAUAUCUCGACCGGUUGGAGGUACGCGGUAUCUAUCCGUUGGAGCUUUCACUCGCCGGAAUCGGAGUUACGGCCAAAGGAGUGCACUAUCUUGGGGCGCUUAUCACUGUAACGCAAACGAUUGACAAAGCGGAAAUUAUUGUGACUCACCUGCAGCACGAGCUAACGAUUGAGUUUGGCGAUCGGAAUGCUGCUGACGCUGUUGUACCCGACAGAGUCUAUCCACUUGAAGGAGGUGUGAAAGCGACAAUACGGGCUAAAGCUUAUCCGUACGGGGAAUGUGCUUUACCGAAGGAUAUUAUUGGAAAGUAG